AUGUAUACGAAGCUUGUCACUACCCGAUCCAUGAGCGACUUUGUUUUCCCCUACUUCGGUACCAUUAAACUUUUAUGCUUCAUGGGAAAGGCUGGCAAGCGACAUGGGGUUUUCCUCGCUGUGCACAACAACGCGGAUGUUUUGCUUUUGAUGGACAUCGGCAACGGUCUGAAGGAGGGCGAAUCUUCGCGCUGUGAUCGAGAAAGAGAAAGGCCGUUUUGUGAAGACAUCAACAUGAAUCCCAUUGAGGAUGAACCAAAUCCUUUCAGGCUCAAGAUCACUUUAAUGAUUGGUACUAAUAACCCUGGUUCUAUGGAAGGUCUCCUAGAAUCUCAGGGGCACAGAUUCGUUGGCAAUCGACGAGUCAUGGGUCUUGUUCUCAAGCUCGGAGCCCGCAUCGGCCGUCUUUGA